AUGGCCGGAACGGACAUCUAUGUGGUUGUUUUUCUCAGCACCCUUUCAGUUUUAAUCGUUCUAUCAAACUUCUGUGUUUGUCUCUUGGUUUACUUAAAGAAAGCCUUACGAACGAGCACGAAUUGGUUGAUGGUAUCUCUUGCUGUGUCGGACAUAUUAACAGGAGGAAUUUUAUUGCCUGUGUUCCUCAUCAAGCCCACUUCGGUUGUCACAAGCUAUAUAAUAUGCAUAAUAUUACUCUCUGGUGUUGCUAACCUAUGUGCGGUGACUUACGAACGAUAUGUUGCUGUUAUCAAACCUCUGGAAUACCCGUUUAGGGCACCGAAGAUUCUCAAAAGAGCACUGAUACUUUCGUGGCUGCUUCCAACCAUUUACUCUUUGCUUCCCUUGUUCUGGGACACGAAUCCAGCCCUCAAAAUUCAUAAAGCUUACAUGGUGUGCUUGGAAUUUUUUGGCGUCGUUGUACCUUACAUCUUCAUUACUUUUGCCUACAUGCGAAUAUUCAAGCAAGUUCGACGAAGUUUGACAAUGAAGAAAGAUCUAAAACCUUUCAGGGUGCACAGGAAUGAACGGAAACGAAUAUCAUCGGACGCCAAAGUGGCCAAAGUUUUCUCCAUAGUUGCUUCAACUUUCCUACUCUGCUGGCUGCCAAUCAUGUACAUAACAACCGCAAAAAUAAUAAACAGGAUUGACGUCAUUCCUGGUGCUCUGCCAGUUGUUUCUUUGUUCACCGUGGCGACAGGCUCAUUAGUGAAUCCACUCAUGUACGCCUUCCUGAAACCGGAUUUCAAGAUGGCCAUUCGGAAUUGCUUUACGAAGGGCGCUCUCACAGACACAGCGUUGACCAUGGGCAAUACGGAAGGACAGGAACGAUCAAGACGAAGGACCGGAUUGGGCAAUUCACCAAAGGAAAGAUGGAGAAAAUAG